AUGGCCACAUACAACGUCCAGGUGGUGACUGGGAAGCAGCUCCGUGCUGGCACCAUUGAUUCUGUUUUUGCCACCUUGGUGGGCACCCAUGGCGAGAGCCCCAAAACUGUGCUAGACAACUGGGGCCCAGAUUUCUACAAAGGAGCGGUGAGUGGUUCUGAACAGGAUGGGUUGUGGGGGGCGGCGGGCAGCGGAGCAUUUGUUUUUUUAAAAAAGGGCAUAUCUUACAUUUCCCUCCAAUGAGCUGGGUAACUGAAAAGCAGAGUCAAAUCUUCCCCAAGGAGCAAAAAAAUAAUAUUUAAGAAGUAAAAUGUUAAGUAUGCUUCUCUGUUACCGGGAAAAUGAAAAAUCUGUUGUUGCAUUUUCUCCUGAGAAAGAAUUGUGUUUGUCUGUUUGCUUUGCUGGUUUGAUACGUGCCUGAAAUCAGCCUUGCCUGCUCAUGCUUUCCAUGUUAAAACUUGCUGAUAAAUAGUUAGGUGCGUUUAUUUCUACGCCUCUGGCCAUAGCUUCCCCCCCUUCCCAAUACUGUGUAACAAGUCAGUGGUUAUCCAGUUAAACGCUUCCAGUGACAUUUAAACAGAGUGUUCUAUAUGCACUGAGUUUUGAAUAAAGCCCCAUCAAUAUAAAAAUGUCUAAUGAUGAUUUCAUAGAAUAUUAAUUCAAAAUAAUACGAGACAUCUUGGCCCUAUUAAUUUUGUGUGGUCUUCUCCACUUUCCCCCAAGCAAGGUUAACUCUUUCUGAAACUUGAUGACUUUAAAAUUAGGUCAGGAGAAGAAUGGAAAUCUCAAGGCUCCACCCAUGUAAUUUCUUUUUAAAACAUUUUCUUUAUUAAUUUUCCAAUAUUGACCCAAUAUUACCAGAGUUUUGCCAAUUAUACAGAUUCCAAUUAAUAUCAAUGCAUAGCACAUGCAUAUGGGGCCCCAGAGCUUAUUUUCAACCCCAGGGGCUUCCUAGAUAUUAAAUAGUGGGUGGACAUAGCAGACGACACAGAGAUUUCUCCAAGUAGUUCUUUAUAAGUAAGCUGGAACUGAACUGAACAGCAAACAGCUCAGCCGGCCUGCUUUUACAGUACAGGCAGCCGGCUGCCAACACUGUAACAGCAACCCAGGGUUUCCCGCCUAAAUUAACUGACGUGAACCUGAGUGAAAACUAUACACAGUCAUACCUCGGGUUGAAUGUGCUUUGGGUUGAGCGCGUUCGAGUUGUGCUCCACGGCAACCCGGAAGUAACGGAGUGCGUUACGUCUGGGUUUUGCCGCUUGCGCAUGCGCAGACGCUCAAAAUGACGUCACGAGCAUGCGUGGAAGCAGCAAAACGUGACCCGCGCAUGCGCAGACGUGCCGUCGCUUGUUACGUUCGCUUUGGGAUGUGAACGGGGCUCCGGAACAGAUCCCGUUCGCAUCCCGAGGUACAUGAUAUUCUAGGUGGCCAGGGUGAGAACUUCAAUACAUAACAUCCCUCCCCACCGAGAUAAGGCGUUACUGUGGUGCCCCGCAAGACGAAUGCCUCGCAAGACGGAAAACCCGCUAGACGAAAGGGUUUUCCGUUUUUGAGUUGCUUCGCAGGACGAAUUUCCCUAUGGGCUUGCUUUGCAAGACGAAAAUGUCUUGCGAGUCUUGAGAUUUUUUUCCGCUUCCCCCCCCUUUUUCUAAGCCGCUAAGCCGCUAAUAGCCUUUUAGCAGCUAAGCCGCUAAGCCUUUAAUAGCCGCUAAACCACUAAUAGCGCUAAUCCGCUAAGCCGCUAAUAGGGUUGCUUCGCAAGACGAAAAAACCGCUAGACGAAGACACUCGCGGAACGGAUUAAUUUCGUCUUGCGAGGCACCACUGUAGUUACAAUCAUAGUGGUUCCAUUACAUACAGCAAUACCCUUAUUGGUUUCAGUAAGGCACAUAAGCAUAUUAAUUGACCCUAUUCACCAUACAGCUUUACAUGUGCAGUUUGUCCAAGUGAACAUAGUCUUUUAAAUACGCUGGGCGCUUGGAAACCCUGCCGGACCACCCAAGGCCAGUACUAGAGUCCAGGUGGCCGCCCAAUUCUGGCUGCGACUGUGGUGUGACCAAAUGUGGCAUUGAGCCCGAGUUCCCUGGCUCCGCUGCUGUCAAAGGAACCACCGAGAGCGGACUCGGCGGACGGUCAGGCACGGCAGUGGUCUGAGUCUCUGGAGAGCCAGGCAGACCCACCGAAACGGCUUGGCCCAGCUCCAUGCCCUCAGUUUGUGAGGAAGAUGUAGGUGGAGCCUCGCCUUCCAUUAGCGACUGUUCCGGAGCUGGGGCCACAGUUGGGGGCACAGCGGUAGUGUCCAAAUCCCCAAACCUGCGCCUUAGCUGGUCUAUGUGCCGGCGCCACAAGCGUCCAUUCUCGAGUGCCACCUGGUACAAACAGGCCCCUGUGACUCCCACUACCAUGGCCGGCACCCAAGGAAUGUCCCAAGGUGAGAACUUCAAUACAUAACACUAGAUAUAUUUGGCAGGAAUAAUAAUAAUAAUAAUAAUAAUAAUAAUAAUAAUAAUAAUAAUGUAUUAUUUAUACCCCGCCCAUCUGGCUGGGUCCCCCAGCCACUCUGGGUGGCUUCCAACAGAACACUAAAAUACAAUAAGUAUUAAACAUUAAAAGCUUCCCUAAACAGGGCUGCCUUCUGAUGUAUUCUAAAAUUCUGCUAGUUGUUGUUCUCUUUGACAUCUGGUGGGAAGGUGUUCCACAGGGCGGGUGCCACCACCGAGAAGGCCCUCUGCCUGGUUCCCUGUAACUUGACUUCUCGCAGUGAGGGAUCUGCCAGAAGGCCCUCGGAGCUGGACCUCAGUGUCCGGGUAAAACGAUGGAGGUGGAGAUGCUCCUUCCAGAAGGCAUGAAAAGGAUGCAAUUUGCUUCUAAAGCACAUGCUUGUGUAUAAAUGCUUGAACGUGGGGACUAAAUACCACUGCUAUGCUUCCCUCCAUCAUCUCCCUGCUGCCACCAGCAACAGAUACAGAAGCUACGUAAAGGUUACCAUACUAUGGCAAAAACCAGGGGUCGGCAAACUAUGGCCCGGGGGCCAAAUGCGGCCCGAAAGGGUCAUGAAUCUGGCCCACACGGCCAUUUGAAAACCCCUGUCAAGGGUCCGAGACCGAAAGGCCACGUAGGCAUUUACCUAUACAUGGCGCAGCAAGCAUCUCCGACAUGGCUUUUCAGCGGCGCGGGGACUGAUUGGUCAGUCCCUGUGCCGUGCUGAGGUAAAUUCCAACGCGGCCUUUCAUUCAUAGAGCCACCCAUGAAUCCCACAGCAGUGGGGGGCUGAGCAGCUAGGGGCCGGCAGCUUUGGUGAGCUCGUGGGGCUGGCGCUGAGGAUGCAGCAGAAACUGGGCUUCCUCUUGUGCACGGAGCUGCUCCUUGGCUCUGGGACUGCUGGUGCUCUGGUCGUCACCCUGAAGAUACCGGUAACAGGGCCGUUUCUACGGACUGACGUGGUCGAGAGGGCAUUAGCUAAUCGGUGUGAAGUGAUCCCGAGCUGCCAAAAUACCUUAUUUUCUGGACCAGGCCAAAGUCCACCCAUUGCCAGGAUGGCUUACGAGGACUCCGACCGGCAGCAAGAAAUCAUUGGCUCAAAGGCAAAUUUAUUAUUUCCUUAAGAAUAUUUGUAUCCAAAAGGGCUUCCAGAAUGGCUUAAAGGUAAAGGGACCCCUGACCAUUAGGUCCAGUCGUGGCCGACUCUGGGGUUGCGGCGCUCAUCUCGCUUUAUUGGCCGACAGAGCCAGCGUACAGCUUCCGGGUCAUGUGGCCAGCAUGACUAAGCCGCUUCUGGCGAACCAGAGCAGCGCACGGAAACGCCAUUUACCUUCCUGCCGGAGCGGUACCUAUUUAUCUACUUGCACUUUGACGUGCUUUCGAACUGCUAGGUUGGCAGGAGCAGGGACCGAGCAACGGGAGCUCACCCCGUCACGGGGAUUCGAACCGCCAACCUUCUGAUCGGCAAGCCCUAGGCUCUGUGGUUUAACCCACAGCGCCACCCGUGUCCCUUGGUCUGACGCAGUAGAAAUAUAUAAAUAAAAAAUAAAAAAAUUGUCCAGUAGCACCUUAGAGACCAACUAAGUUUGUUCUUAGUAUGAGCUUUCGUGCGCAUGCACACUUCUUCAGAUACACUGAAACAGAAGUCACCAGACCCUUAUAUAUAGUGAGACAGGGAGGGGUAUUACUCAGAGGGGUGGUGGGAAUGGGUGAUUGGCUGGUAGUGGUAAACAGUCAACACCUAUCAGCCAAUCACCCAUUCCCACCACCCUUCUGAGUAAUAUCCCUUCCUACCCUCUCACUAUAUAUAAAGGUCUGGUGACUUCUGGUUCAGUGUAUCUGAAGAAGUGUGCAUGCGCACGAAAGCUCAUACCAAGAACAAACUUAGUUGGUCUCUAAGGUGCUACUGAGAGCAAAUGAUAUAAUGGUGGCUAUGUUACGGUAUUAUAUAACUGUUAAAAUCAAUAAAAAUCUUUUUCAAAAAACAAAAAAAAACCCCACAUUCUGACAAAAUCCAGGCUGCACUUCUGAGUGCAAGAGUGAUAAUGGGGCAUUGAAGGGCAGGGGAAAGUGAGCUGGUGCUUAACCCUUCCCCCACCGCCUGUUUUCCACUCUGUAUCCUGCAACGGAUUGCCCUUCUGUAGGGAAAUCAGGUGGAUGUUUCCUCUUUCCCCCAGAAUUGAGUAUCAUGGCUUCUUCCUUCCUUCUUUGCUGUUGGCAAACCCCUGGUUCCCGUAACCGGAGAAUAUCUGGAAGAACUAGGUUGUGAAACUUACAUUUUCUUUCUUAACUUAAGCUGCACUCUGUUGCAAGCGGCUUUUGUAAUGGUCUUGUUCUGAAGAAAACCAAGUCCAUCAAAGGAAUGCAAUAUUUUUAUUCAUUGCAUUUAUGUUUCAUUUAUUUAUGAAUGAAGGGUAUGCAAUCAGUGUGGAUGAGGAGUGGGGAAACACAGCCCUGGGGCCAAAAUGCAGUCUUCCGGUCCACUCUAUCUGGUCCUGGAGAGUCUCCACAGGAUGCACCCCUCCCCACGUGACUUCACAAUGGUGGAAAACAUCCUGGAAUUUUGAUAAUCCCUCUCCUUUGCCCAGGUGGAGGGCAGAGGAAUGUGCAAGUGUGUGUAGGAAUUGGUCUACUGUACAAAGGUGAAAUUAAGAUUAAUUGCUCUGCCCUACCUUUGCCUUGCCAACAAAGGCCCGUCUAGUUAAAGCUAUGGUUUUCCCAGUAGUGAUGUAUGGAAGUGAGAGCUGGACCAUAAAGAAGGCUGAUUGCCGAAGAACUGAUGCUUUUGAAUUCUGGUGCCAGAGGAGACUCUUGAGAGUCCCAUGGACUGCAAGAAGAUCAAAACUCUCCAUUUUGAAGGAAAUCAGCCCUGAGUGCUCACUGGAAGGACAGAUCCUGAAGCUGAGGCUCCAAGACUUUGGCCGCCUCAUGAGAAGAGAAGACUCCCUGGAAAAGACCCUGAUGUUGGGAAAGAUGGAGGGCCCAAGGAGAAGGGGACGACGGAGGACGAGAUGGUGGGACAGUGUUCUCGAAGCUAGCAGCAUGAGUUUGACCAAACUGCGGGAGGCAGUGGAAGACAGGAGUGUCUGGCGUGCUCUGGUCCAGGGGUCAUGAAGAGUCGGACAUGACUAUACGACUAAACAACACCACCUUUGCCUCUGACCAGCCCACCAUCCACAUGUGGCCCCCUGGAAGGGAAUGAGACCCUUGAGCUUCCCCAGUGAUGGAUUGUAUGGCUCUAGAUGGACCAGUGGUCUGACUCAGUGUAGGCAGUUCAGUGUGGUGCAAUGGUUAGAUUGCUGGACUGGAACCUGGGGGAGACCAGGGUUCGAAUCUCCACUCAUCCAUGAAACUCACUGGGUGACCUUGGGGGCCAGUCACUGCCUCUCUCAGCCUAACCCAACCUUUCAGGGUUGUAGUGGGGAUUAAAUGAGAGGGGGUGACCUGUGUACACCCCCGUGAGCAGCUUGGGGGGGGGAAAGGAGGGCCCUGUGAUCUCUGGAUGAGGGGCAUUACAUAAAUGCAAUGAAUGAAUGAAUUGGCCUCAUCCACACCAAUUGCCUACCCUCCAGCAUUUCUCUGAUGAAAAUAGGGACAUUCUGUUCUACAUCAGGAAGAUUCUGGGGUAUUGGGUCCCUUGAUGGGGGGUUGGACCCCCCAAAUUUUCUUAUAAUGUUGCAGGAUUCUCAGUCAAUAAGACAGACACCAGGUUCUCUGAGGAAAAGCCUUUGGCUUAUUAAUCUGCGCAGCUGGCUGCAAUGGGAUAGCUACCAAAAGCUGAGCGUCGUACCCAGAUCAGAGAAGGGUUUUUAUAGUGCGAGACAAACAACUAUCAGCAGAAUAUAUGACGACAUCCAGAACAAGAAAGAAUUUUGCAAGCAAAUCGCAAGACUCUCAUCCCACCAGUUCCUCUCCUGGGGAACUUGAUUUCCAAGCAAGUUUCGAGAUAAGUUCCCUUCUCAAGAUAAGCUCACUUCCUCAGUAUGUUUCUGAGCACAAUUCAAAGUGUUGGUGUUGACCUUUAAAGCCCUAAACGGCCUCGGUCCUGUAUACCUGAAGGAGUGUCUCCACCCCCAUUGUUCUGCCCGGAUGCUGAGGUCCAGCUCUGAGGGCCUUCUGGCGGUUCCCUCACUGCAAGAAGCAAAGCUACAGGGAACCAGGCAGAGGGCCUUCUCGGUAGUGGCGCCCACCCUGUGGAACGCCCUCCCAUCAGAUGUGAAAGAGAUAAACAACUACCUGACAUUUAGAAGACAUCUGAAGGCAGCCCUGUUCAGGGAAGUUUUUAAUGUGUGACAUGUUAAUGUAUUUUUAAUCUUUGUUGGGAGCCACCCAGAGUGGCUGGGGAAACCCAGCCCAAAUGGGCAGGGUACAAAUAAAUUAUUAUUAUUAUUAUUAUUAUUAUUAUUAUUCCCCAUUUCUUCCCAGAAACUGCUAUCUUUGCAGACAGAGUUCUGGCCCAUCUUCUAAUGAUUCACCCAUCACGGGGGUGGGGGUGUCUCUGCUUCUAUUUGGGGCAGGGGGUGCUGAAGCAAGUAAAUUCUAUUUGUUGCAUCCAUCAAUAACAGUAGGUUAGUCCAACAAGCAGCUAGCUGCCUGAGUGAGGAUGGGGUUCUUGUGAGGGCUGCAGAGCCAAGGAUGGCUGAGGACUUUGAUAAUUCCCAUAGAGCCUACAGGCUAAGUUAAAGGUGAGGUUUUUCACCUGGAGUUGAAAUCUGUCUCUUUAUCAUCCCUUCCUGCUUUCUAAGGCUGCCUCUGGAUCUCCCGACUUUUCCGUUCCAGGUGCAAGACUACGAAGUCACCUGUAAGCAGGAGCUGGGGGAAAUCUUUCUUCUCCGUCUCCACAAAGAAGUUGUAUCCAAUCUGCUGUCCACUAGCUGGUACUGUAGUUUUGUCACCGUGACGUCCCCUAAAGGAGAAGUCUUCAGAUUUCCAUGCUAUCAGUGGAUUGCGGGCUCUGAUACCCUGGAGCUGAGGGAGGGAUCGGGUAAGUAGACUUGCUGAGAGAGAGAGAGAGAGAGAGAGAGAGAGAGAGAGAGAGAGAAGAAGGUCCCUACUCUGCAAAAUCCUCUUUUAGCCUUUUAUUGUUUGGACAGCAUGCCGGUCCCCCCAAACAUAGUGAUCAAUGGUAUUUACUGUUCAUAAGAAAAUAUAAACGACAGUGGUACCUUGGUUCUCAAACUUAAUCCGUUCCAGAAGUCGGUUCCAAAACCAAAGCGUUCCAAAACCAAGGCUCGCUUUCCCAUAGAAAGUAAUGCAAAACGGAUCGAUCCGUUCCAGACUUUGAAAAACGACCCCUAAAACAGCAAUUUAAACAUGAAUUUUACUAUCUAACCAUAAAAUGAUCCAUAAAAUGAAAGCAAUAAACAAUGUACUGCAGUCACACAAUCAAUCAAUCAUCCAACCAGUAGCUGAACUGGGUUCCACACAGUCACAAAAACAAAACAAAAAAGAGCCGCAGAAAUGCAAAAUAAAUAGCAAAAACAGACAGACCUCGGUCUAACACUCCAAACAGAAGCGUGGCAUUCAAAAAGGAGCAUGUUCGGCUUCCGAAAAAAGUUCGCAAACCAGAACACUUACUUCCGGGUUUGCAGUGUUUGGGUUCCAAGUUGUUUGAGUACCAAGGCGUUUGAGAACCAAAGGACCACUGUACCAGAUCUGAACCGAAUGAAGCAGGCUGACAUAAUAAACACCAUCUCUCUCUCUCUCUCUCUCUGUCCCUCCAGCGAAGACACCAGCUAUGGAUACUCUUCAAUUACUCAAGGACCACCGGAAGAAGCAGCUUCAGGACAGACAAUCUGCCUACGAGUGAGUGUGGCUGCUGUAAACUUCUAGUCAUGCAACCUGUGUGUGUUUGUGUGUCUGUGUAAUGGAUUCCUGGGUUCUGCCUCCAGCUCUCAGGGGUGUGUGUGUGUCUGUUUGUGCUUCUAGCCCUCAUUCCUUCCAUGUCCAAUGUUCAGAGUGCAAGUGUCAUUGCUUAGGCACACUUUGGGGGAACCACAAGGUUUGUAGGGAUGCAACGAAUCGUUCAGGGGAGGAAGCCUAAGCGUGCAGGAAAUCCCUGUGCUCAGUGGACGCAGAAUGCUGGCUGACUGUUGGGGAGCAGGAUGGGAAACCAUGGAUGGGAAACCCAUUUGGCCCAGUAUAGAUGAAGGGGCGUCUCCUCCCUCAUCAUUCAGCCUGGACACUGAGGUCCAGCUCCGAGGGCCUUCUGGCGGUUUCCUCCCUGUGAGAAGUGAAGUUACAGGGAAUAAUAAUAAUAAUAAUAAUAAUAAUAAUAAUAAUAAUUUAUUAUUUAUACCCCGCUCAUCUGGCUGGGCUUCCCCAACCACUCUGGGCGGCUUCCAAAAAAAUAUUAAAAUACUGUAAUACAUCAAACAUUAAAAGCUUCCCUAAACAGGGCUGCCUUCAGAUGUCUUCUAAAAGUCUGGUAGUUGUUGUUCUCUUUGACAUCUGGUGGGAGGGCGUUCCACAGAGCGGGUGCCACUACCGAGAAGGCCCUCUGCCUGGUUCCCUGUAACUUGGCUUCUCGCAGUGAGUGAAUCGCCAGAAGGCCCUCGGUGCUGGACCUCAGUGUCCGGGUAGAACCAGGCAAAGGGCCUUCUCUGUGGUGGCGCCCUCCCUGAGGAACACCCUCCCGUCAGAUGUCAAGGAAAUAAACAACUCUCUGACUUUUAGAAGACAUCUGAAGGCAGUCCUGUUUAGGGAAGUUUUGAAUGUUUGAUGUUUUAUAGAAUCAUAGAAUCAUAGAAUCAUAGAGUUGGAAGAGACCACAAGGGCCAUCGAGUCCAACCCCCUGCCAAGCAGGAAGCACCAUCAGAGCACUCCUGACAUAUGGUUGUCAAGCCUCUGCUUAAAGACCUCCAAAGAAGGAGACUCCACCACACUCCUGGGCAGCAAAUUCCACUGUCGAACAGCUCUUACUGUCAGGAAGUUCUUCCUAAUGUUUAGGUGGAAUCUUCUUUCUUGUAGUUUGGAUCCACUGCUCCGUGUCCGCUUCUCUGGAGCAGCAGAAAACAACCUUUCUCCCUCCUCUAUGUGACAUCCUUUUAUAUAUUUGAACAUGGCUAUCAUAUCACCCCUUAACCUCCUCUUCUCCAGGCUAAACAUGCCCAGCUCCCUUAGCCGUUCCUCAUAAGGCAUCGUUUCCAGGCCUUUGACCAUUUUGGUUGCCCUCCUCUGGACACGUUCCAGUUUGUCAGUGUCCUUCUUGAACUGUGGUGCCCAGAACUGGACACAGUACUCCAGGUGAGGUCUGACCAGAGCAGAAUACAGUGGCACUAUUACUUCCCUUGAUCUAGAUGCUAUACUCCUAUUGAUGCAGGCCCAGAAUUGCAUUGGCUUUUUAGCUGCCGCGUCACACUGUUGGCUCAUGUCAAGUUUGUGGUCAACCAAGACUCCUAGAUCCUUUUCACAUGUACUGCUCUCAAGCCAGAUGUCACCCAUCUUGUAUUUGUGCCUCUCAUUUUUUUUGCCCAAGUGCAAUACUUUACAUUUCUCCCUGUUAAAAUUCAUCUUGUUUGUUUUUGCCCAGUUCUCUAAUCUGUCAAGGUCGUUUUGAAGUGUGAUCCUGUCCUCUGGGGUGUUAGCCACCCAUCCCAGUUUGGUGUCAUCUGCAAAUUUGAUCAGGAUGCCCUUGAGCCCAUCAUCCAAGUCGUUGAUAAAGAUGUUGAAUAAGACCGGGCCCAAGAUAGAACCCUGUGGCACCCCACUAGUCACUCUUCUCCAGGAUGAAGAGGAACCAUUGAUGAGCACCCUUUGGGUUCGGUCAGUCAGCCAGUUACAAAUCCACUGAGUGGUAGCAUAGUCAAGACCGCAUUUUACCAGCUUCUUUACAAGAAUAUCAUGGGGCACCUUGUCAAAUGCCUUGCUGAAAUCAAGGUAGGCUACAUCCACUGCGUUCCCUUCAUCUACCAGGCUUGUAAUUCUGUCAAAAACGAGAUCAGGUUAGUUUGACAUGACUUAUUUUUCAGAAAUCCAUGCUGACUAUUGGUGAUCACAGCAUUCCUUUCUAGGUGCUCACAGACUGUUUGCUUAAUGAUCUGCUCCAGAAUCUUCCCUGGUAUUGAUGUCAGACUGACUGGGCGGUAAUUAUUUGGAUCCUCUCUUUUCCCCUUUUUGAAAAUAGGGACAACAUUUGCCCUCCUCCAGUCUGCCGGGACUUCGCCUGUUCUCCAGGAAUUCUCAAAGAUGACUGCCAGUGGUUCUGAGAUCAUAUCUGCCAGUUCUUUUAAUACUCUUGGAUGCGGUUCAUCUGGCCCUGGAGACUUGAAUACAUCUAAACUAGCCAAGUAUUCUUGUACUAUCUCCUUAGUUAUUCUGGGCUGUGUUUCCUUAUUCUUUAUUCUUUAUCGUGUUUUUAAUAUUCUGUUGGGAGCUGCCCAGAGCGGCUGUUGGGGAAACCCAGCCAGAUGGAUGGGGUAUAAAUAAUAAAUGAUGAUGAUGGUGAUGAUGAUGAUGAAUGGAAUGGAGUUUCCUGCAGGAAGGUGUGGAUGAGCAGGCGCUCCCCCCCCAACCCCACACUGCAACGUUUUGUUGCUGGUUCCACUUAUGUGUCAGGAGCCAGCCAGCAAUAAAUCACAAGAAGUGAAGUCAACUCUUUGUUGGGAGAAGCUAGGUCUGCUCAGGAGUGCCAGGCCUAAUGAGCGCAGCAACUAUUUUCAGUAGGUCUUGCCCCAAUGAGGCAGUUGUGAAGGUCCCCACCUUCCCACAGCUGCCUAAGUCUCCUCCUCCUCCAGGUCCUUCCCGAGCAAUCACAGACUACACUGGCGUGCCCAUCUUUUGUCCCCUCCCACUUCAUACCUUUCCUGGUCCUGGGGGACCAGUGGGGAGGGGAGCUGGUCACAGCAGGAGGGAGAGACCCCCUGCCUUCUUCACCAGCCUGACUCACCUCUGCCUCUCAACCUCCCACCUCUCCUUCUUCAGCUUCUGCCUCUGAUUCUGGACUCCCGUCUGACACAGACUCUCCCCGCUCACUAAUCCCUGUUGCCGCUUCAACUUCUGAUAUCUCUUCUUCCCAACACCAGUCUUUGGGCUCUGAGCCUUCUUCUCUUGGUUGCAGCAGCUACUACUAUGCUAUAAGAUCCACUGUCCUGUGAUAUCAUAUAUGAGUUUGACCUACUGAUGAAGCCCAGGAUGGCGAAACAAGGCUAAUAUUCCGGAAAUCCUUGUUUUAGACUCUGUGAAAGGAUUCUGUGGAACUGUAACAACCUUUCAUGUCGAUUGUUGGACUCUAAGAACAGACGGGUGGAAUAAACACUUUCACAUAUAUGGACCUUAUGCAUAAACUGAUUAGAAAAUGAACUGAUCCACUGGAUCUUCUACUUUUUUUGUUGGACUUUAUGAGCUACUUCUGUUGAAUUCUAUAAUUUAAUACAAUGAAUAGUAAGAAUUCUUUUGCAAAUGUACAGCCGGUUACGUCUUGUGUCUUUAUUGAAUAUUAUGCAACCAGUCCAUGACAUUGUGAUACCGAUUUCCUUCUGCACAGGUGGAAGAAGUUUGCUGAGGGCGUCCCUUUCCAUCUGGACGUUGCAUCCCCCCAGGAACUGGACACAAACAUCAGGUUUUCUUUCAUCAAAGCGGCGGAUUUUGCCAAUCGCUCCAAAGCCCAGUAAGUUUGGAGAAAGAAGCCGCAAUGUUGGUGGCAGAUCACAUUCUUUAAUGCAGACCACUUUCUGGGCUAUGCACAGGCAGUUCCAGCCCAGGAUCUGUGGUAAGCAGUGAUGUAUAGGUGGGUUCCCACGAGACAAGAUACAGUGAUAAAAGCAAGAACCUUUACUGAACUAACAGAACUGGACAACAGGGGCAAAGCAACUGCUUAUAUACAUUUCUGAAGGCCUGGGCCACUCCCACUCCCAACGUGAUUGGCUGUCUAAACUUCCAAGCUGCGAAUCAUGAAUCAGAGUUUCAGGGCCAAUGGCAGAGGCCCAAAUCCUGAAAUGUUCUGCGAUUGGACAACAUGUAUCGAAUCAGAACACAGGGCCUCAGAAUCCUUAGUCCAGACUCAAGCUCAGGCAAACACAGACCACUGAAUACAUAACAAGCAGACAAGGGGAAGGAGAAUUCUGGAAGGAGGAAUAACGCUAGUCAGCGUUGCUCUGGCCAUUCGCACCUCCUACAAUGCCUAGGAAAGGUCUCAGUAUAUCCCCUCAGAAAUCCGCCACGUAGGACAUAUCAAAAAAAGUCCCAAAGUGACUGACAACCAAAGUAAAGCAAUAAUAAUAUAAUAAUGAAAUUAUGUACACAUAUUGAUAGCAGAUGGAACAUUUCAAUAUCAUAUCAUUUGCCCAAAUCCCAAGGAAAAUAGAAUUGUAGAGUUGGAAGGGACCCUAACUCCCUGCAAUGCAGGAAUAUGUAGCUGCCCCAUAUGGGUAUCGAACCUGCGACCUUGGUAUUAUCGGCACCAUACUCUAACCGACGGAGCUAUCCAGCAAAAAGCUGUCUUUGUGUGGUGCCAAAAGGAAGACGAGGCUGGUGCCAGGCAGGCCACCUCAGAAAGAGCAUGUGAGAUUGCUCAUCCACCAUGUCUUUCCUGCAUGAGAAUGUCAUGGGGUGGAGAUGAUGGCUUCUUGCAUUUAGUGAUGCUCUCUGUAUCGUAUUACACUGUUUUACUGGCUGCUGCUGGAAUUCUUGCGUUGACUUCUAUUGAUGGUUGAUUCGCUGUUGUAUUUUAGCUUUGGAAGCUGCCCAAAUAGUAUUGAUAUUGCAGCGUACAAAUGCUUUCAGUAAGUACAGUGGUACCUUGGUUCUCAAGUGCCUUGGUUCUCAAACAACUUGGAACCCAAACACUGCAAACACGGAAGUAAGUGUUCUGGUUUGCAAACAUUUUUUGGAAGCCGAACGUGCUCCGUUUUGAGUGUUAUGCGUCCGAUUUGAGUGCCACACUUCUGUUUUGAGUGUUACGCUGAGGUCUGUCUGUUUUUGCUAUUCAUUUUGCAUUUUUUGUGGCUCUUUUUUUUUUUGGGUGUGUGACUGUGUGGAACCCAGUUCAGCUACGGACUGAUUGAUUGUGUGACUGCAGUACUGUUUAUUGCUUUCAUUUUAUGGAUCAGUGGUCUCGUUAGAUAGUUAAAUUCAGUUGAAUUGCUGUUUUGGGGGUUGUUUUUAAAAGUCUGGGACAAAUUACAGUCAUACCUCGGGUUACAGACGCUUCAGGUUGCGUUUUUUCGGGUUACGGACACUCCGAAACCUGGAAGUACCGGAAUGGGUUACUUCUGGGUUUUGGCAGUUGCGCAUGUGCAGAAGUGCUAAAUUGCACUUUGUGCAUGCGCAGAAGCGCCAGAUCUCAACCUGCAUGUGCACAGACGCAGCGCUGCGGGUUGAGAACAUGCCUCCCAUACGGAUCAUGUUCGCAACCCGAGCGUCCACUGUAAUCUGUUUUGCAUUACUUUCUAUGGGAAAGCACGCCUUGGUUUUGGAACGCUUUGGUUUUGGAAUGGACUUCUGGAACGGAUUGAGUUUGAGAACCACUGUAAUAGAUUAGUGGAGGGGUGGGGUGGGGCUGUUUCCUGUUCAUGGGGCACCUUUAAAGGACAAGGAAGAGCACAUUUCAUCCCUUGACGUUCAUCCCCCCUUUGUUCCCUUCUGACUUCAGGCAGGUAGAGCUCAAGCUGAGAGGGUACUCCACUAGCCAAGAGUCCUGGGAGAAGCUGGAAGAUAUCAACAAAGUCUUCUUGUUCACCGAGACGGAUUUGUCCAGUAAGAUGGUAGCCCUGUUCAAAACUCACUGCAAGCAGCCUCUGAUAGACCCCCAUAGUGUGAAUUUCGUUUCCAGCUACCUAGAGAUGGGGGUUGGUUUCCAGAAAUCUGGGUCCCCGGCUCUUUCCUGAUUUAGUAACACAAUGGAUCCUACUGUGAAUGGGACCCGUGAAGCCCAAAAGCUGUUGCCACUGAUAUGACGUGGCCGAACCUCCUUUGGCUCAUGCGGAGAUCCAUUUGAGGUUAGUGUCAAAUCCUGGCCAACGUGCUGACGCUCACGGGAUCCUUCAGUCAAGCUUUUAAUUUGCUCAGCAGCGGAACAGGGAGUGGCUCAGUUCGUCGGCGUCCCAAGCUUAAUGGCGUUAGGAAAGCUUGCGGAAUUUGUUGGCUAUAAAGCAAAGUCUGUAGAAUAAUGAAGCAAUGUACCUAUAAUGAAAUUUGAAGCAAUUUGAGACAGUUUGCAACUAAUUAAUGGUAUGAAGUAAUAACUGACAUUGACAAAGCAAUCAGUCUGGGAAAAACGGCAUAAUCACCUCCCAACCCACUCCAGUUGCAAAACAGUUAUAAGUUCUUGAGCAAAUGAGAUCACUGAAUGUCAUAAGUACCAAUCCAACGCAGCAGGCCAGUCUUUGAGGCUUUAAGCUGGGAGAUACAGGGCAGAAUAGGUAAAGGGAUCCCUGACCAUUAGGUCCAGUUGUGGCCGACUCUGGGGUUGCGGCGCUCAUCUCGCUUUACUGGCCGAGGGAGCCGGCGUACAGCUUCCGGGUCAUGUGGCCAGCAUGACUAAGCUGUUUACCUUCCUGCCAGAGCGGUACCUAUUUAUCUACUUGCACUUUGAUGUGCUUUCGAACUGCUAGGUUGGCAGGAGCAGGGACCGAGCAACGGGAGCUCACCCCGUCGCGGGGAUUCGAACCGCCGACCUUCUGAUCAGCAAGUCCUAGGCUCUGUGGUUUAACUCACAGCGCCAUCCGUGUCCCUACUAAUGGGGCAGGUUAGUAGACAGCAAAAGAGAACAAGAAAUUGAUUGGUUGGUUGCAUUUAUAUCCCUCCCUUUUCUCCAUGGACUGAAAUGUGGCUUAUAUAGUUUUUCCACUCCUCAUUUAAUCCCCCAACAACCCUUUGAUGUAGGCUGCAAUGUGAGGCCGUGACUGGCCUGAGGCUACUCAGUGAGCUUCAGGCCUGAGUGAGGAUUCGAACCCUGAUCUCCUGAGUCCUAGUCAGACACUCUAACCUGGCCUUUCUCAACCGUUUAUGUUGUUGGACUGCAACUCCCAUCAUUCCUAGCCAGCAUUGGCAGUGAUCAGGGAUGAUGGGAGUGGCUCUAACCACUACACCACACUGCCUGACACUGAAAGGAAAACUGUACAGCCCCCUUCCCCCCCAAAAAAAACCCCUAACAAAAAAAAACCUGAAUGCACCUUUAAAAAAUAAAAUAAAAUUGAUCGGUAACGGACCAGGAGAUCAGACUCUUCUAUUAAUUUUGCAUUCGUUUCGUGACUCCUGGAGGCAGACCCACGUAAAAGGUAGACUAAGCUAUCUGGGAUCAGGAAGAGAGGAACUGAGACCCUUCCCUUGUCAGAUGUUCCCCAUGCAGGCGAAUCUCAACACGCUUCAGCGUUUUGAGGCUCUCGCUUGUUUUGACUCCACGGUCUAAGGCAGCUCCCUCUGUUCCUAGGAUACGUCGUGAAGCACUGGAAGGACGACGCGUUCUUUGGGUACCAGUUUCUGAACGGUCUGAACCCGAGAAUGAUCCAAAGAUGCACAGAGAUUCCAUCCAACUUCCCUGUGACUCAGGACAUGGUGGCCAAAUCCCUUGGGUCCUCCACCACACUGCAGAAGGAGCUGGAGGUGAGGAGGGAAAACGUUCUGCAGCUUGACUGAUGGGGAAACGCUGUUGCACCAGAAGAGGCACACAAGCAGCACCCCUCUCCUCUUUGAUGAUGAUGGUGAUAUUAUUAUAAUACUCCACUCAUCUGGCUGGCUUUCCCCAGCCACUCUGGGCAGCUCCCAACAGAAUAUUAAAAACAUGAUAAAACGUCAAACAUUCAAAACUUCUCCAAACAGGGCUGCCUUCAGGUGUCUUCUGAAAGUCAGAUAGUUGUUUAUUUCCUUGACAUCUGACGGGAGGGCGUUCCACAGGACGGGUGCCACUACCGAGAAGGCCCUCUGCCUGGUUCCCUGUUACCUCACUUCUCGCAGGCAGGGAACCGCCAGAAGGCCCUCAGUGUCUGGGCUGAACAAUGGGGGUGGAGAUUCUCCUUCAGGUAUACUUGGCCGAGGCCGUUUAGGGCUUUAAAUGUCAGCACCGACACUUUGAAUUGUGCCCGGAAAUGUACUGGGAGCCAACGUAGGUCUUUCAUGACCUGUGUUAUGUGGUCCUGGCUGAGGGCCUUCUCGGUGGUGGUGCCUACCCUGUGGAAUGCCCUCCCACCAGAUGUCAAGGAAAUAAACAAUUAGCUGACAUUUAGAAGACAUCUGAAGGCAGCCCUGCUUAGGGAAGCUUUUAAUGUUUGAUGUUUUAUUGCUUUUUUUAUUACUAUUAUAAUUAAUUGUGUUGGGAGCUGCCCAGAUUGGCUGGGAAAACUGGGCUGAGGCCGUUUAGGGCUUUCAAGGUCAGCACCAACACUUUUAAUUAUACUCGGAAACAUACUGGGAGCCAAUGUAGGUCUUUCAAGACCGGUGUUUAUGUGGUCUCUCGGUGGCCACUCCCAGUCAUCAGUCUAGCUGCCACAUUCUGGAUUAGUUGUAGUUUCUGGGUCACCUUCAAAGGUAGCCCCACGUAGAGCGCAUGGCAGUAGUCUAAGCGGGAGCUAACCAGAGCAUGCACCACUCUGGCGAGACAGACAGCGGGCAGGUAGGGGCUCAUCCUGUGUACCAGAUGGAGCUGUGACAGAGGCUUGUGUUCUUCUCCCAAACAGAAGGGCUCCAUCUUCAUUGCUGACUACCGCAUCCUGGAGGGGCUCUCUGCAGGAAUCAAUAACAACCGCCAGCAAUACCUAGCAGCCCCCCUGUGCUUGCUGCAUCUCACAGCCCAAGAGCAGCUUAUGCCCCUCGCCAUCCAGGUAACAGGUUGGGGCAGCUGGGGGCUCAGAAGAUGCUUUGGGAGAUAGCAGUGGGGAAGGGAGGCUGUGCCUCCAUCAUGGACUGAAGGCGACCUCUGGUGGUUCUCUGCGGUACUCUGCAACUUCGUACUUUAAGUCGGUUAAUGCAGUCAAUUGCGCAGAGUCGACUUGCAUGAUUUCAACCUUACUGUCAUGGACUGACUGGGUACCAAGGAACGGUGGGAGGCACCAGCCGGGGAGCCCCCGAGGGAAGAAGGCUCAGUGCCUGGGGAGUGGUGGCGGGACGACAAUGAGUGGUCAGAGGCAGAAGAGGGAGCAGACUAGGAGGAGAAGGUGUUGGAAGCUGAAGAGAGAACAGGGUUUAGUGAGCAGGAAGAGGCUGCGGCAGAGAGCAGUUCAGACUGGGAGCCAGGAGAGAAGAGUGGAGAGAAAGGGGGCCAGGAAACAGAAAUGAGUCAGGAUGGUGAAGAAUCUAGGGGGUCUUCCCCCUCCCGCUGCGACCAGCUCCCUUCCCUGCCUGGUCUCCCAGAACACGGGGAGGAAUGAAAAGGGCGGAGCAAAGAGAGACAAGACGAAGGAGUCUCAGAUUGCUUAGGAAGGUCCUGGGGGAAGAGGAGAUUUAGGGAGCUGUGGGAAGGCCCGGGAAGCUCAUUGGGCCAGAUCAAGUAUCACCAACCUUCAGCCCUCCAGAUGUUUUGGACUUAUAUUCCCAUCAUUCCUGACCACUGGUCCUGUUAGCUAGGGAUCAUGGGAGUUGUAGGCCAAAACAUCUGGAGGGCCGCAGGUUGGGGGUGCCUGGGCUAGAUCUACCAGGAAUAGUUGCUGUGCUCACUAGGCCUGGCCUUCUGAGCUGUUUGCUUCUUUGAAUGAAGAGUUCAUUUCAUCAACACUGUGUGACUUAUUGCUGACCUGCUGCUGGUGGCACUUACUGUAUAUGAUUGAAAGAUGGCCGUUUGAAAUCCCACAAAUUUAUGGCAUGCAACGGAAAGAGCUGUGAUGCUCCUUCGUUUUCCUGGCAUGGAAAGAGCUGUCAAUUUCUCUGCUUUGCUUACUGGAUUCUGGGAUGCUCUCCCGAUCUCGUGACAGCAUCCCAGAGCCUGAUAAGCAGGGCAAAGAACUUACAAUUUAUUGUAACUAGAUUUAUCAAAAAGCUUUGGAUAAAGAAUCUCACCAAAGCCUCCUGAGGAACCUCUGCAGUCAUGGUAUAGGUCCUCUUACAGAUAAGAGACUGUUAUGUACUGAAGUUCUCACGCUGGGCCAGCAGGGGGAUACUGUAGAUAGUUAUGCAAAUGAAGGAUCGAAAGUGACGUUCAGUGAUUGGAUAGUUUUAGAAAGUUGCUACAGUAACGUUGUACUGGAGCUCUAUAUAAGCAGGCUGACUGAGCCCUUCAGCGCAGUUCUGUUCUGGCCUCUGAAUAAACAAGAGCUGUUUGAAGAAUCGCUGUGUCGUCUGAUAUGUUCACCCACAACCUAACAGAGACUGUCCAAGAAACAGGAAACAGAGAGUAGGAAUAAAUGGAGCCAAUGUUGUAUUCUGCCGCCCCCACAGCUCAGCCAGACCCCUGGCCCAAAGGCUCCCAUCUUCCUGCCGAGUGACCCCGAAUGGGACUGGAUCCUGGCCAAGACCUGGGUGCGAAACGCUGACUUCCAGGUGCACCAGGUCCUCACCCACCUGCUCCGGACCCACCUGCUGGCGGAGGUGUUCACCAUCGCCACCCUGCGCCACCUCCCCAUGUGCCACCCGCUCUAUAAGGUGAGGCUGCCAAUUCCGUGUCCUUGAGCUUGGUGGAACUUGGGACCGGGCCUACCUAAAAGACUGCACUGGAGACAGAAAGGAAGCGCAUCCAUUCUCUUCAGCAGCUUAAAACAAAGAGAGUACGCACCCAAGAUGGAUGCUCACAGAUCUUUUUUUUUUAAUAAUGCUUUUAUUUAUUUUCAUGGUACAGAAGAUAAAUUUUGAGAAAACAAUUAUUACAACAGUAAACAAAAAACAAAAAAACAGUAAACAACAAAUAACUUGUCCUGAUGACACCACACCACAGGCUUUUAUCAUGUGUUAAAGUUUCAUCUGAAUACUCUAAGACAGGGGUGUACAAACUUUUUUCAAAGAGGGCCAGAUUUGAUGAAGUGAAGGGCCGUGAGGGCCAACCAAAGUCUAUUAUAUUUUGGCCAAACUGCGGGAGGCAGUAGAAGACAGGAGUGCCUGGUGUGCUCUGGUCCAGGGGGUCACGAAGAGUCAGACACGACUAAACAACAUCUAUUAUAUAUCCAUAGUAUCCAGAGUUCAUGUUACUUUACUAGUGUCAUUGUAUUCCUGCCAAUGAUUUCAACUGUUUACAGUGGUCUCUCAAAUACAGUGGUACCUCUGGUUGCAAGCGGGAUCCGUUCUGGAGGCCCGUUCACAACCUGAAAGGAACGCAACCGGCGUCUGCCGCUUCCACGCAUGCGCGUGACAUCAUUUUUGCGUGUCUGCGCAUGCGCGAGCGGCGAAACCCUUUCUGGUACUUCCGGGUUGCUGUGGGAUGCAUCCUGAAAACGCUCAACCUGAAGCAAACGUAACAUGAGGUAUGACUGUACGUUUAAAAGUUAUCCCAGUCUUUCACAAAUAUUUGGUCUUCCUGGUUUCUGAUCUUUCCCGUCAAUCUUGCCAUUCCGUCAGCUUGGUCUGGCACUCUUCUCUGGUCGGUACUUCGAAAUUUCCAGCCGCGCUUCACAGCAUACAAUACUGGCACAUUAUAGAUUCACUUCCCAUUUUGAUGUACAUUAAGCCAUUAACAAAGGAGGGACCCCGGUGGCGCUGUGGGUUAAACCACAAAGCCUAGGACUUGCCGAUCAGAAGGUUGGCGCUUCGAAUCCCUGCGACGGGGUGAGCUCCCGUUGCUCAGUCCCUGCUCCUGCCAACCUAGUAGUUUGAAAGCACGUCAAAGUGCAAGUAGAUAAAUAGGUACCGCUCCAGCGGGAAGGUAAAUGGCAUUUCCAUGCGCUGCUCUGGUUCGCCAGAAGCGGCUUAGUCAUGCUGGCCACAUGACCCGGAAUCUGUACGCCGGCUCCGUCGGCCAAUAAAGCGAGAUGAGCGCCGCAACCCCAGAGUCGGUCACGACUGGACCUAAUAGUCAGGGGUCCCUUUACCUUUACCUAGACCAUUAACAAAGCCGUCCUCUCCCUUCUUUUACAGCUCCUGAUCCCCCACACCCGCUACACCCUCCACAUCAAUGCCUUGGCCCGGGAGCGCCUCAUUUCAAAGGAUGGUGUCUUCGACAAGGUAAGCUGCCCUGGGGUCUCGCUACCUCGCCUGAGAAGAAUCAGGUUUUGCUGCUCCUAGACCUUCUCCUUCUAGGUUGUGACUCCCUUUCCCCCACCCCAUGUCUCCAGGCAACUGGCGUCGGACUCCAGGGCUUGGUUGAGCUGCUGCAAAGGGACUUGAAGACCAUGACCUACUCCUCCCUCUGCCUCUCAGAAGACCUGGAAGCUCGCGGGGUGUCCUCAUUGCCCAAUUAUUACUACAAGGAGGACGGCCUGAAGAUCUGGGCAGCCGUGGAGAGGUCAGGGAAGGGCGUGGGUGGGACUGUGUCGGUCUCCAUUUUGCCUGGAGCAAAAUUCAAGGAUGUGGACGUGGGGUGUGUGUGUGUGUGUUUGCAUCUGUGUGCAGGAAUACAAAGGGAGGGUUGGGGGGCUCCGACUCAGAUGGUGGAACAUCGUUCUGCCCAGACACUGAGGUCCAGCUCCGAGGGCCUUCUGGUGGUUUCCUCACUGCGAGAAGCCAAGUUACAGGGAACCAGGCAGAGGGCCUUUUUGGUAGUGGCACCCGCCCUGUGGAACGCCCUCCUGUCAGAUGACAAGGAAAUAAACAACUCUCUGACUUUUAGAAGACAUCUGAAGGCAGCCCUGUUUAGGGAAGCUUUUAAUGUUUGAUGUUUUGUUGUGUUUUUAAUAUAUUCUGUUGGAAGCUGCCCAGAGUGGCUGGGUAGGGUAUAAAUAAAUCAACAACAACAACAACUAAUUCCUAGGAGCUCUCCUGAAAUAUACUCAGAGUUGAGAGUGGAUUUCAUGCUCUUUAUUCAGCUCAUAGUGGUGAGGAGGGAAUGGAAGUUCCCCCAAAGUAUCUGCUUUAUAUACAUUAUUUACACAAUGGGCUGCAUGUGAUUGGCUAAUUCCGGAAUUCUCCUGUAGGCCAAUCAGGUUGUGGAUUCACUUCCACCUGGAGCUGGAUUGGGUGGCUCCAGCCGACCAAUCAUACUGCUGCAUUGUUCUAGGACCAAUCAGACUGCUGCAUUUUGGAUCCUAUUGUUCUAGGACCAAUCAGACUGCUGCAGUUUGGGUCCUAUUCAACUCAGUACAUAACAUCUCCAUUGACAAAAUAAAGGGAAUUUUGCGUCUGUAGUUGUAGCUCAGAAGGGCAAUAACCCCUUGAUCCAGUUCCCUCCUCUAUUUCUAUUUUACAGCCCUAUUAUUAUUAUUAUAAUUAUUAUUAUUAUUAUUCUGGAUGUGGAGGAGACUUAGCAUCCCACAAUCUCCUUUUUCUGUGGAGGACCAAGUGGUCCAUGAGGAGAUCCACAUUCUGCAAGCUGAACAUUCUCUUAUUUCCCCUUUAUUUGACUCUUUCCCGUAGAUUUGUCUCUGGCAUUGUCGACUUGCAUUACAAAGACGACCGCUCUGUGCAGGAUGAUUUUGAGCUGCAGUCCUGGAUACAUGACGUCUUCACAAAAGGCUUCCUGCAACAAGACUCCUCUGGUAUUGCCCAGCCCUCAUAAAAUUAAGGGAUUUCCUAUAGCAAUGAACAGUGGGAGGGGGAUAAGAAUCCACCAAUGGUUAUAAAAGUAGCCACGCAUGCCAUGCUCCUCAGUGUACCUUAAUGCUGUUCAAUGAACUCUAAGUCACAUGGGACUGAGGUAUAUGGUCAAUAGGUCAAACAGGUGAAUAGUCCCCAUAAAACAGAAAGUGAAAAUAUCUGCCAACUGACGCUUGGAAGUUUCAAUGGUCCUGAAAGGGCCAGCACCACAUACCCUGCAAGUGUCUCUGAAAACCCAGGAAAUCUUGUUUUUUCUCGCGAGAGAAUGGUGACCAUUUUGGACACCAUGAUUUCCCAUGUUUCUGCACUGUGAUCCCCCCAAAAGCGCUUUUGAGGGCCGCAAUCUUGUGGAGCACCCCAAAACAUGCAUUUUUGGGUGCCAUGCCUGGGCAAAGCGCUGUUUUUUUUGGGGGGGGGGUUGUGGCAUGAAAUCAUGCAAGAUUACAAAGUUCAAAAUGGCCGCCAUUGCCUUGUGAGAAAAAAUGGGUUGAUGGUGUCCUGGAAAACUGUGUCCUGGAAUUUAUCCUUGAAAUGUCGGACAGUAUGGAACCAUUAAUAGAUGCUCACUAUUUUAAAGCUGAUCUUCAGCACCAUGAGGACUACAUAGUUUUCGAAAGAAAUCUAACGAGAUUUGCAUAUGGCAACACAAUGCGUGUGCCUGCCCUUAUACUGCACCCCUCCUUAUUGAAAGGACUCGCUCCUGAUUAAUAACUGUUGUGGAUUUAGCUUUCCUCUUCCUCUUCGCAGGCAUCCCUUCCACAUUCAAAACUGUGAAAGAGGUCAAGAAGUUCUUCACGAUGGCGAUUUAUACCAGCUCGGCCCAGCACUCUGCCGUCAACAGUGGGCAGGUAGGAGAGGGGUGCUCUCUCAUAUUCACCUCCAGGCAGGUAGACAUCGUGAGGUGGACUAAGUAGGCCUGGCUACAAACCUAUGUUGGGUUUUAUAAUAGUUUUAACUGUCAUGGCUUGCCCCAAAGAAUCCUGGGGCAUAGCUGUCAACGUUUCCCCUUUUUAAAGGGAAAUUCUCUUAUUCCGAACAGGAUUCUUUGCAAGAAAAGGGGAAAGUUGACAGCUAUGUCCUGGGGAAAGAUCCCAAGAUGCCCCACUCUGAAGACAACUCUAAUGGUUCUCUGGGGAGCUAAAAUGACUGUUGAACCAGUUUACUUUUAUGGUGUCAAUGGGCCAAAAGAGAAAAGCUUGGCUGUUUCGGCCAGAAGCCAUCAAUAGCCCAUAAAUUUGUCUGAUCGUCAUUCAAAGCUGUCCAGAUUGGCAGCUUUUGUUGCCUCCUGCAGGAGCGUGUUCCACAGUUUAACGAUGUGACGUGUGGUGAGGUCUUUUCUUUCUCCUGAAACUUCCAACAAGAUUUCUGAUGGAGCAGAGCUUUCACACAGGUGAAACUUGGAAAAUUAGAAUAUCGUGGAAAAGUUCAUUUAUUUCAGUAAUUUAACUUAAAAGGUGAAACUAAUAUAUGAGAUAGACUCAUGACAUGCAAAGAGAGAUAUGUCAAGCCUUUAUUUGGUAUAAUUGUGAUGUUUAUGGUGUACAGCUAAUGAAAACCCCAAAUUAACAAUCUCAGAAAAUUAGAAUAUUAAAUGAAAUCAGCAAAACAAGGGCUGCAAAUAUUGGACCUCUGAGAAGUAGAAGCAUGCACAUGUACUCAGUACUUGGUUUGGGCCCUUUUGCAUCAAUUACUGCCUCAAUGCGGCGUGGCAUGGAUGCUAUCAGCCUGUGGCACUACUGAGGUGUUAUGGAAGACCAGGAAGCUUCAAUAGCAGCCUUCAGCUCUUCUGCAUUGCUCGGUCUCAUGUCUCUCAUCUUUCUCUUGGCAGUGCCCCAUAGAUUCUCUAUGGGGUUCAGGUCAGGCGAGUUUGCUGGCCAAUCAAGCACAGUAAUCCCAUGGGCACUGAACUAGGUUUUUGUACUUUUGGCAGUUGACAAAGUCCUGCUGGAAAAUGAAGUCAGCAUCCCCAUAAAGCUCAUCUGCGGAAGGAAGCAUGAAGUGCUCCAAAAUCUCCUGGUAGACGGCUGUGUUGACCCUGGACUUAACGGAGCACAGUGGACCAACACCAGCUGAUGACAUGGCUCCCCAAAUCUCUUUUCUGAUGAGAGCAGCUUUUGCAUCUCAUUUGGAAACCAAGGACCCAGAGUCUGGAGGAAGAACGGGGAGACACACAAUGCCAGAUGCUUGAAGUCCAGUGUGAAGUUUCCCCAGUCUGUGUUGAUUUGGGGAGCCAUCUCAUAUAUUAGUUUCACCUUUUAAGUUGAAUUACUGAAAUAAAUGAACUUUUCCACGAUAUUCUAAUUUUCCAGGUUUCACCUGUAUUUAUCUUUAUUUCAUAAAUUUGUAUGCCUCUCGAUUGCGUAGCCCACCUCUUUGCGUUCUUAAUCCUGGGGGGGGGGGCGGUUGCUUUUAUUCGCAGUUUGACUUGGGGGCGUGGAUGCCCAACUUCCCCCCGUCCAUGAGGAAGCCGCCGCCUCAGACCAAGGGGGCGGCAAACUUGAAGGACUACCUAGACACCAUCCCGGCCAUCAACACCACCUGCACCAUCCUGAGCACGCUGUGGUUGCUUAGUUCCAAAUCUCCAGAUAUGGUGAGUGGGUGGCCGUCUGCCAUGGAUACUUGAGCUGAGAUUCCUGCAUUGCCGGGGGUUGGGAUAGAUGUGUUGGCUAUUUGCAGAUUAGUUGUGCUGCAGAAAUAUUGCUGGGGAGACCACACAUUACAAGGAACACAAAAGAACUUUAGCUAGGUUUUAAUAACAAAACUCUCGAGAGUCCCAUGGACUGCAAGAAGAUCAAACACAUCCAUUCUUAAGGAAAUCAGCCCUGAGUGCUCACUGGAAGGACAGAUCGUGAAGCUGAGGCUCCAAUACUUUGGCCACCUCAUGAGAAGAGAAGACUCCCUGGAAAAGACCCUGAUGUUGGGAAAGAUGGAGGGCACAAGGAGAAGGGGACGACGGAGGACGAGAUGGUGGGACAGUGUUCUUGAAGCAACCAGCAUGAGUUUGACCAAACUGUGGGAGGCAGUGGAAGACAGGAGGGCCUGGCGUGCUCUGGUCCAGGGGGUCACGAAGAGUCGGACAUGACUAAACGACUAAACAACAAAUAACAAAAACCAAAACUCCUUUUACAUUAAUUAUAAUAUAUCAAUAAGCAUGACCCAUCCACCAACCCAUCCCCCAGGGCACUGGGAGAGCAAGGUGCUGCUCUUUAUAUACUAUACCCAAUUGCUGACACAGCUUAAUUAACACAACUUAGCAGCACCUGCUAUACUGAUUCACAGCUGUAAAACUAGGUCAUGUUAUUUGCUCAGGCCCUUAAAGACACACAAAUCUUGUGGAACAAUAAUGAACCUUCACAUUUAAAGAGACCAUUCAACAAGAUGACCCUGGGGUGUCUUCCAACCUUACAGUUCUGUGGUUAAAAGAUGAAGAGUGCCUUUUAUAAUAACAGUGAAAAUAUUACAAAGACUGUGCAUGGAGUCUGCAAGCUACAGCCUGGCAGGAACCGGUUGCAAGGGCAGGGAUGGUUUCUGCUCUCUUCUUCUCCCCUCUCCCAAUUAACCUCCAUCUCCAGGGCCUGCCCUGUGACAUCACCAGGGGCCUUCAAAUCUCAGGGUCUGGGAUGACCCUGACCUGGCAACCCCACCCUGGAACUCCAUUGUAUACUGCCUCUUGGGGCCUGCUAUUCUUGCUUAGCCAGAUACUUUCCCUCUUUUUGACAGGUACGCUUGGGGAAAUACCCUGAGGAGCAUUUCACGGAGGAUGCCCCAAAGGGUCUCAUUGAGGCCUUUCAGCAGGACCUGCACAGGAUCUCCCAGGAAAUCGAGGAAAGGAACGAGUCUGUCUCCAAACUGAUCCCUUCUGGCUAUGAGUACCUGUACCCGCCUGAGAUAGAGAACAGCGUCGCUAUAUAA